AUGCCAGUGUCGGUUAAUGUGUCGAGGGAUACUUUGCAGCCGCUAACACCUUCGGAGGAGCGACGACGGACGGGUCGCUACCUCGCUGGUGGCGCAGCCCUCGCUGUCACGUUGCUGGUGACCCACCACGUGCUCCUGAAAGGUGCCUCAGCAGCUGCUGGCAUAUGUAUCCCCGCCAUCUUCAUGACGUGUUACAUACUCUGGGUGGUCUACACAGUCCGCAGGGACAGGGCGAAGGCUCGCCGCUUGGCCUCGGCGAUGCGACUAACGGAAGUGAUUAGCGCCGCAUCCCCUCGCCCACAGCCCAGAGUUUUGCCAUUGGAGGACGACCGAAGAACAAUGAGGUCGGUCACAACGAAUAAUGAAAGUGACGUGAAUGGACUCGAUAAUGCUCAUCACAUUAAGUGA